CGGCUAAUACGUACUUUAUUAUGCGCCCGUGGAAAAGGAGGAAGGAACAGAACAGUCAGAAACAGCAACGUGUGCAUCUUCUCGGCCUUCUUGAUUGGGAGUAAAUUGGAUUUAGCAUCCGGUAAAAGCGCGACAUCUAUCACUCAACAGUAGUUGCUCAGACCACCACCACUCUCCUCUGUAUCCUGCUGUUCUGCCUAACCAGUGGCAACAGCUCCGACUCGCAGUCUCCAUCACGACUAUUGACGCUUUCCUUUGACGCUCACGACGACGACGUACACCCCACAAUGCCAUCUGCCAUCCUCAAUCUCAAAUUCAAGGGCAACAAGUCCUUCGUCCCUUUCAGCAACGUCAACGACGCGGAGAGUCUGACCAAGACGUGGAAGGUCUGUACCAAAGUAGCGAGCUACCUCGAACAAGGAGACCGACUGGAGAACCUUGCCUGGCGACUGUGGCACCUGCAAAGCCUCAUGGUAGACUCUGAUAACGCCAAAUCCAAGCGCGAAUUCCGCAAGCUGUCCAAAUCUAUGGGAGAUAAACUCGAUCGUGAGCGUGGACGCUCCAUCGAGGAUCUUCCCGCGCCGGACUUUAAACGCAGUUUCUCGAGCGACCUUUUGCAGCAGAAGGCGGUCGAGAAGGAGCGCACAAGGGAAGCCGCUGCCCACCAGGGCCUCCAGCACCGCAACCUUUUCACUUUCUCCGUGGACGUCCCCGGGGGUCCGACUGCCGGCCAGAACGAGACUUCCCCGAGCGCCAAACGCAAGCGCGUGCCAUCAACAGCGACUCCUACACCUGGAGUGCGGCUUCCCACCGUCUUUGCGAGCACCGGCGGCCCGGACGUCAUUGUUGCUUCUUCGGGGAACCGGUCUCCGGGCCACUCGACGCAGCUUUCUUCCCAUUCGCUUUCUUCUACACGUGGUGACUAUGACAGCAUGCGGGUCGUGCGGCCGACCGUGGAACUGCAUCUCGAUGAGCUGCUGCAUGCUGAUGAUGGCGACGACGGUGAGAAGGACAUGGAUCUCGAGGACUCGGUCUCCUCGUCUUCGUCCGACCCCGCAUCGGGCUUGGGAAUAUCGAUGGCAAACCCCAGCGGCGUCAACUGGUCAGGAUGGGAUGAAAUCAUGCAGGCCGCCUCUACAUUCCCGGAUUUCCCUUCUGGCACCCAUCACUUCCACCAACCGCAGCAACAACAGCACCAACACGACACGUUCUCUGCCGACUUUGGGAUGAGCAUGGGCCCUAUAUUGGGCCCCAACGAUCCGGGGUACAAUGCCGACACCUUCCUCGGGUUUGCUCCCGGACAGCUUACUCUUGAUCCCUCUGCGACUCUCACUGGCGACGUGGACGCCUACGAACCUGAUCACGUCCGGGUAGCCACGCCCACGAUUUCCACUCCGUCUGUUUCGUCUCAUUUCCAGUCGCCCACUCAGUACCCCCCGCUCACCCCAUCGGCCCGCCGGGCGUCUCGGAUUGCUGCGUCGCGUGCUGCCGAAUCGGAGCCCGAGUCCUCGGAUGGGGACGACUCUGCGGAUUCGGAUUUCUACUUUGACGGCAAACGCGCGACGAAGAAGGCCAGUGGUGGCCGCGGGGGUGCGCUCCGGAAACGGAGCAACAGCUCUGCUGUGGCUGGCGCCGGAGCGAGCGGUGUGUCUGUCGGCCGUCGACGGGGGAACAGCGAUGCUGCUGCCGCUGGGUCGAAAGGGUCGAGACGCCCGCCGCUGAGUGUCCGUGUGCCGGCCGGUGUGCGGUCUUCGGCUGCGGCAUCGUCGUCGGAGAAGCCAUCGUCGGCGAGCUCGGGUGCGGCGCUGCGGGCCGGCGCUGUUGCUGGUGAUGCGCUUGGGGCUGGUAUCAAAGCCGAAUGCAGCAACUGUGGAGCGACCCAUACUCCGCUUUGGAGGCGAGGGCUCAACGACGAACUCAACUGCAACGCCUGCGGACUCUACUGCAAGCUGCACAAGCGGCCCCGACCGAAGACGAUGCGUAACAUGGGAGAAGGCAGAGGCCAGUCGACCCGAGCCGAAGUCCCGGACGUCAUGGCGCAAUGCUUCAACUGCCACACGACGACGACCCCGCUGUGGCGCAAAGACGACGAAGGCCGGACUGUGUGCAACGCCUGUGGCUUGUAUUACAAGUUGCACGGAACGUCGCGUCCGAUUUCAAUGAAAAGCGACAUCAUCCGCAAACGUUCUCGCCACGAAGUGCAAGUCCGAGCGCAAGCACAAGCCCAGGCGGAUACGCCUACAGCCAGUCCCACAGCCAGUCGCCAGGGCUCCCCCGUCCCGGGAUCGUCAUCCCAUUCGAGCUCGGGGUCGCCGAUGCUCGCACCUGACAGCAGCACAUCCGAGCUGACCACUGCGCUCGGGCCGCUGCCGAAGCCCGCGGCUGGAGCGUACCGAUUCCCGUACCACGAGACCUACGCGGACGUGCUUCCAUUUGGAGGCGUGGAUGUCAGUGGUGGAGUGGAUGGCGAUGCGCGGGUCAACAAGCGCCGGCGGAUGAGCGUCGACUCAACCUCGGAGCCGCCUUCCAGUGCCGUCAGCUACGGGUCGUCGUACAACGACUACACGGACGGUUAUUCGAGCGCGACAUCGUUUUCGAUGGAGUUUCCGUUCAGCGAGCGGCACCAGCAGCAGCACCAGCAGCAGCAAGGCUCGUUCUGGCAUCCGCCAAUGGCACUGAAACGCGAUUCGCCCGAAGCCCAAAUCCAUCCGCCGAUGCUCCCGUCCUCCGACGACUUUCUCCACCCGCCGAUGAUGCCGGCGUCCUACCUGUACCAGGACGAAUCAUUCAACUCCUUCGUGCACCCGCCCAUGAUGCUGCCGACUCUGAGCGAGGAGGGCAUGCUCUUUGGGUCUGGUACCCACCCCCCGAUGAUGCCCUACGACGAUCUCUACGCCCCCGAGGGCAACGGCAUGCACUACUGAAAUGUAUUUUGUGUUUCCAUCUGUACCACUCCAUAAUGUACCAUGUCCUGUACUCACUACUGCAUACAUUUAUCUCAGCAUAGCAUAACUUGUGGAUGUUUAUUUCUAAUCGCCUUGUGUACUGUAUUCUGAUGUCGAAGGGGUGACUC